GAGGGGAAAAAAAAGUGAUACGCACCUCUCAAUCCUGGCAGGAGGGACCGAAGAAGAAAGAAGGAGAAGAAGAAGGGCAGGGAUAUUGUUUACGUUGCAUUUAAGUCCACAACAGGACGCGUUCCGGGGCUGCGUUGAAGCGCCAAACAGCGGCGGUGGGAAUCGGGAUUAAGUUUGUGUUGACAUUCCUCUCCUUUAAAAAAAAAAAAAAAAGAGAAAAGUGGAUUAUGAUCCAAAUCCGAGGCGAUUUGAUUUGAAAAGCGUGUAGCCUGCGAUGCUGCUCCUGAAUACGACGCUUUCACUGUCACUCGGCAUCCACCAGGAGGCGCAGAACAACACGAAGGCAAAAGAGUGAGGACUGGACGACUUUGGAUGUGACGGCGGAGAAGAGCGCGAGACCUUAAAAGCAUGGCUCUGACCGACAAACACAAAGUGAAGCGCCAGCGACUAGACAAAAUUUGUGAGGGUAUCCGGCCGCAGAUCAUGAACGGCCCCAUGCACCCGCGUCCGCUGGUGGCGCUGCUGGAUGGCCGUGACUGCACGGUGGAGAUGCCCAUCCUCAAGGACCUGGCAACCGUGGCCUUCUGCGACGCUCAGUCCACGCAGGAAAUACACGAAAAGGUGCUGAGCGAGGCGGUGGGAGCCAUGAUGUAUCACACCAUCACGCUGACCCGGGAGGACCUGGAGAAGUUCAAGGCGCUGCGGAUCAUCAUCCGCAUCGGGAGCGGCUACGACAACAUCGACAUCAAGGCGGCCGCAGAGCUCGGUAUCGCCGUGUGCAACAUUCCGUCGGCGGCCGUGGAGGAGACGGCGGACUCGACGCUCUGUCACAUUCUCAACCUGUACAGGAGGAACACCUGGCUGUACCAGGCUCUCCGGGAGGGCACGCGGGUCCAGAGCGUGGAGCAGAUCCGGGAGGUGGCGUCGGGGGCGGCCAGGAUCCGCGGAGAGACGCUCGGCCUGAUCGGAUUCGGUCGCGCGGGUCAGGCGGUGUCGAUGCGGGCCAAGGCGUUCGGCUUCAACGUGAUCUUCUACGACCCGUACCUGCAGGACGGGCUGGAGCGCUCGCUGGGCGUGCAGCGCGUCUACACGCUGCAGGACCUCCUCUACCAGAGCGACUGCGUCUCUCUGCACUGCAACCUGAACGAGCACAACCACCACCUCAUCAACGACUUCACCAUCAAGCAGAUGCGUCAGGGCGCGUUCCUGGUGAACGCGGCGAGGGGGGGCCUGGUGGACGAGAAGGCCUUGGCGCAGGCCCUCAAAGAAGGCAGGAUACGCGGAGCCGCCUUGGACGUCCACGAGUCGGAACCGUUUAGCUUUUCUCAAGGUCCCCUGAAGGACGCCCCCAACUUGAUCUGCACGCCGCACACCGCCUGGUACAGCGAGCAGGCGUCGCUGGAGAUGCGCGAGGCCGCCGCCACGGAGAUCCGCCGGGCCAUCACGGGCCGAAUCCCCGACAGCCUGCGAAACUGCGUCAACAAAGAGUUCUUCAUCACCUCGGCGCCCUGGGGGGUGAUCGAGCAGCCGCAGCCUCACCCGGAGAUCAACGGCGCCGCCUACAGGUUCCCUCCAGGCGUGGUGGGGGGCGUGGCGCCGGGCGGGAUCCCCCGGCCUCUGGAGGGGCUGCUGCCCGGCGGAGUGCCCGUCGCCCACUCCCUGCCCCCCGGCACCCACGCGUCCCAGGCCACCUCCCCCAACCAGCCCACCAAACACGGCGACCCCAGCAGAGAGCACAUGAGCGAGCCGUGACCGGGCGCCGCCGCCGCCGCCGCCGCCCCGCCCCAACCCCGCUCAAAUGCCACCGGCACGGACGGACGACCGCCCGCCCACCCGCCGGGCAAGGUCCGGCACCCGCCCCCGCCCCCGCUCAUCCUGGAGGACCCAACGGAGGACGCGCAGAUGAGACUGUCACAUCCCUCCUGGACUUGCAGGAUGGAAUUCUUAUCCCCCCCCCCAUCUCUCUUUCCCCCACCCCCCAGGUUUUCCUUCCUUCCAGCAGCAAACGCGUCUGGUGUCAUUUUUUGAUUUCUUCCUUCUUCCUUCAAUGUUGUGUUGCAAGUGUUGUUUCUGUUCCUGCAAGUGUUAACGCGUGUUUUUUUUUUUUUAGCCGGAGUCGUCCUCAUUAGUAUUAAAAAAAAAAAAAAAAAAAAACACAACAAAAAAAACAUUUUAUGACCAAAUCAUCCAAUCAGUAAAUUAUAUUUGCAUUAUCAUCAACUUGAGAAGGAAUCAAAGCAAAAGCAACAAUUAAAUUGAAGCCAUUCUAGUUUCUUUUUCCUCCUCAUUUUCAUUUAGUUUGAUGUGCAGUUUGGUUGUUAAAUGUUCUUAAAUCAUGUGACCACUUUUUGUUUGUUUGUUUUUAGCGUGACUGUGUUUGUUUGUUCUUGUACAAGGUGAACAUACGGUAUAACAUGAAGUGCAGCUGGAAACGACCAAUAAAACAACAACAAAAAAUGCUGUCCUAAUUGAUAAAGA